AUGUCUUCUGCGACGUGUGCUGGGGCGGCGGAGAGGGCGUCUAGUGAGGGGAAGAUUAAUGAGAAGAGAAAGUUUGGUGAGGCUUUUGGUGGAGAUGAAGUGGAAGAGGAGGACGGCGAGGAAUACGAAGAAGGAGAAGUAGGGGAAGAAGAGGAGGGGGAAGAGGAAGAGGGAGAAGGAGAAGAAGCAGAACCUGAAGAGAAGGACGCAGACUACAUAUAUGAUGGCGGGAAAGAGAUACAACAGUGCUUCGAGCGCGACAAGCGCUGCUGUGCGGUGACACGGAUUGCGUGGCGACUUGAAGUCGCGCACAUCGUCCCCAGCAUCGGUACGACGACACCGGCGUCCGUAACGUUCUGGGACACGCUCGCGCUCUUCUGGCACGAGGAGAGGGUGCGCAACUGGGCGUGGGAGGUGAACGCACCGCGACCCUGCGCCAACAGGAUGUGCAUGGCGUUGCAUGUGCACAACGCAUGGAAGCAGGCGCGGUUCGCCCUCAAGCCGACGUCGUUUGGCGUCGGCGGCAAUGUGUCGAUUACGUUCUACUGGCUGAACUGCAAAAUCCCGCCGUCGAAGGUCGAUCUGCUCGAGCGUCCGACGCUGACUGGUACGCGGGUGGACGAGGGGACUGACUCGCUCAAGUUCUGGGAAAACGUGGACGACGAGAAGAUCUGCUCGGGCGGGGAGUUCGACAUUCUGACGUCGGACCCCGAUCAACAUCCGCUUCCCUCGUGGGGAUUGCUGGAGAUGCAGUGGUUUCUUCAACGCAUCGUGGCGUUCUCGGGGCUGGCACAUCCGCUCGAAGAGGAUGAGAGUGAUGAUGAUGAAGAGGAGGAAGAUUAUGAGACACCUACGGAGGGAAGCAGUGAUAUUGCGGAAGAGGAAGAUGCGGAGGCGUUGAAGAAAGAAUUGGCUGAUUUGAUAGAGGAGAAAGAGGAGUAUGCGCGCUCACCUGUGCCCGUCUGGUGA